AUGAAGUUCGCGCGCUACCUCGACGAAAACACCGUGCCCGAGUGGAGAAAGGUCUACAUCCAGUAUCGCGGCCUCAAGAAGCUCAUCAAGCGCGUCGCAGCGCAUCGCGAGGCUAGGAUUCGAUACGAGGCGGAGCUCGGAAUCGCGCGCACCCAGUCCAGCUCCACCGCCGUUGGUCCCGGCUCGUUCGGUGGUGGUGCGGCGGCGGAUCCUGCGCUUCGAAGACGCACCCCCGCAUCGGCUUCGCCCGGCGCCGUCGAUCCACAACCCGCCGCGGCGCUUCCUUCCCUGCCGCCCGUAACGCUUCAAGGCACGGGCCUUCGCCUUUCGUCCGACGGAUUCAGCUACGAAGCCGUGGCCGACGCGGCUGCAGCUCAACCUAGCAAACUACCGCCCAGAUCCGAUCCUUCGCACGAUGUCGAGGCGCAGCUCGCUCCGCCCAGCUCAGCCCGCGAGGCAGCCGCCCAGGCUGACAUCGUCUCGGAAUCCGAUUCCGAUGAUCCGACGACAGCUGCGCCCAAGCGUCCACCACCGCGCCCCCAGGCCAGAGUAACCUACGGACCGGAUCAGACCCAAUCGGCAUCGCAUCCCACACGCAGAGCCAACAGCUCGGGCGCCUCGAGCAAGCAGCGUCUACUCUCGCGUGUCGGCUCGUCCAGCCACCUCUCCAACCGCUCCUUCAAACUCGAACCGCCCAAGUCGCUCCAGGAACUGAUUGAUACGCACUUUGACGACGAAGAGGCCAAGAUCUUUUCGGCGUGCAACGCCGAGCUCGAGCGCAUCGUCACCUUCUACGAGGCGCAGGAGCACGAAGCUGCUCGCAAGUACGCGCAGCUCGUGCGUCAGCUCACCGAACUCGCAGAGCAUCGGCGCGAGUAUCGCGCCAAGUACAACAUCAGCGACCGCGACCGCACCGCCGCCGGAUCGCACCGCCACCGCAUGUCGCAGCUCCUCUCCAACCUGCCAGGCUCCAAGAUGGUGGUGGCCGACGAGGUGGUGAACCGCAUCAAGUCCAUCCCUGCCUUUGCUGCUCCUGCACGCCGCUCGGCAGAGGCGCCGGGCAACCGCACCUCGCUCGACCUGCAGCAGCAUCUCGACGGCCCCGCCGCCGCCGCCGCCGCCGCCCAGGACAACAGCGACGACGAUGCCGGCGGACGACGCAGGGCGCAGGCGCUCGCCAAGAUGCAGGCGAGCCUGCGUGGCUGGGACGACGAGACGGACAAGGCGAUGCGCGAGGCGAACAAAGCCGCAGCCAUGAGCCACGACCCGGAAGCGUAUGCGGCGGCACGCAAGAAGCUCAAGGCGGCGGUGAUCGAGUACUACAAGUUCCUCGACAUCCUCACCAACUACAAGAUCCUCAACCGCACGGGCUUUGCCAAGAUCAUGAAGAAGCUCUCCAAGGGUGUUGGGGUGGCGUGUGCCGAGGUGUACUAUGCGGACAAGGUGGCGCCUACGCGGCUGGUCACGUCGGACCGCAUCGAGCGGCUGCGCAAGGCCACCGAAGACAUCUACGCCGCGUAUUUCGAGCACGGCAACCGCAAGCAGGCGCUCAACCGGCUGCGUGCGCGCGAGGACCACACCACGCACCACUACAGCGUCUUCCGCAGCGGGUUCUACCUGGGCAUUGCGCUGUGUGCUGUGGUGGGCGGCGUGAUCGAGUCGCAGCAGGAGAGCACGCACCGCGCCAUCCCGCAGUGGCAGGCCAUGCUGCGUGUGUACGGCGCCGAAUUCAUCCCGACGCUGUUUGCGCUGCUGUUCGGACUCAACCUGGCGUGGUGGCACGAGGCGCGCAUCAACACGACGUUUAUCUUUGAAUUCGACGUGCGGACGACGAUGGACCGGCGCCAGUUUUUCGAGCUGCCUGCGCUGCUGAUGCUGCUGCUGGCGUGCUGUUUCUGGGUGUCGUUUGUGAAUCCGUUUCCGGAGGCGAUUGCGCCGACGACGUGGCCGACGGUGUGGCUGGUGAUCGCGUUGGUGCUGGUGCUCAAUCCGCUGCCGGUCAUGUUGCCGGCGAGUCGGUGGUGGUUCGUCAAGAGCGUGGCGCGCGUGUUUACGGCCGGAUGCAAGCGCGUCGAGUUCCGCGACUUUUUCCUGGGCGACGAGCUCAACUCGAUCGCAUGGACGCUGUCGAACCUAUGGUACGUCGGAUGCGAGUGGCAUCACGACUGGGCGCAUCCGGAUCGAUGCUCGCCCAACAGCACGUACUGGACGGCGGUGCUGUUAGCGGUGCCUGCGUUCCUGCGACUGGGACAGUGCAUCCGUCGUUGGGUGGAUAGCGAGUACCGUACGCAUCUGCAUCUGGUCAAUGCGGGCAAGUAUGCGUCGGCGGUGGUGUACAACUUUGUCUACAUCCACUACCGCCGCAACGGAUCUCGCAGUGGGGGCGACAAGGCGGUGUGGAUCGUAUUCGCGGUGGUGUAUUCGGUGUGGCACAUUGCAUGGGAUCUGGUGAUGGACUGGAGCGUGCUCAAGCCGCGGGCGCGCUACUUUUUGCUGCGCAACGAGAUCUCGUUCCCGCAGCCGGUGUACUACGUAUUUAUGGUGGUGGAUGUGGUGGGUCGGAGUGCCUGGAUAGCCUACCUGAUCCCGGGGCGGGCGUCGGUGACGUUGCGGUCGUUUCUGGUGGCGCUGGCCGAGAUGCUUCGUCGG